CAAGUCGACCUCGCCCAAGAGACAAAUUAACACCGGCAACGUCCACCGCACCGAUACACACAAAGAUCGUUGGGCAUUGACUUGAAUUUUUCUGGAAGAGCCUGUGUAUACUCACGGAAGCUCAGUGAGCAGCGAGAAAUCACGUUGACACGAUGAGUUUCCUUUCGGAUUACCUCCGCCACAAGCGGGACUGUCAAUCCAAGCGAGCUGAGCGUCAAGAGCGCAUCUCGACGCUCGACCCGGAAUACCACACGGCGUUGUCCGACAAAGACCUUGACACCAUCAACAAGCCCAUCGUCGAUCUCGUGUCCGGCAUCCAGUCCAAUGCCAUCUCGCCACUCUCCGUCCUCCGAACCUACGGCAAGGUUGCCGUCAGAGCCCACUUCAAGACCAACUGCCUGACCGAGAUCCUGAUCUCCGCCGCCGAGGACUCCCUCAAAAACUCCAAAGAUAUCAACCUCCAGGGUUCCCUGGCCGGAAUCCCCGUCAGCCUGAAGGACACCAUCAUCGUAGGCGGCUUCGACACGACGGUCGGGUACUCCUCCUUCGUCGGGAACAAGGCCGACAACCCGCGAGAUGGGCCGAUGGUGCGUCUCCUCAAAAACGCCGGCGCCGUCCCUUACGUCAAGACCAACCUGCCCAUCUCCCUGCUGAGCUACGAGAGCACCAACGACGUGUGGGGCCGCUGCACGAACCCGUACAACAAGGCGUACUCGCCCGGCGGCUCGACGGGCGGCGAGUCGGCGCUCCUGGCUUGUGGCGGACGCAUCGGCAUCGGUAGCGACGUGGCGGGCAGCGUCAGGGCGCCGGCCCACUUCAGCGGGUGUUAUUCCCUGAGGUGCGCGACAGGGCGCUGGCCCAAGGCGGGCAUCCUGACCAGCAUGCCCGGCCAGGAAGGCGUGCCUAGUGUUUACUCGCCUAUGGCGAGGACGCUGGAUGAUUUGAGCUACUUUACUAGGGCGGUCAUUGGGAUGAAGCCGUGGAAGUAUGAUCACUCUGUUCACCCGCUUGCGUGGAGGGAUGAAGUGGUGGAGGAGUUUGGGGAUAAUGGGAGGAAACUGAGGGUAGGCGUGUUGCGGACCGAUAGGGUGGUUGAUCCAAGUCCGGCGUGCAAGCGGGCGCUGGAGACGGUGGAGGAGGCGUUGAGGAGGGAAGGGCAUGAGAUUGUGGAGAUGGAUGAUGCGCCGGAUAUGUUUGAGGCGUUGAGGAUGGGGGCGUUGUUGCUGAACGCGGAUGGUGGGUGGUGGUUUAAUUCGUACAGGAGGUUCGGGGAGUGGUUGGAUACUGGAGCCAGCUUGUUGUCGUUUGGCAAGUGGCCGAGCAUCGUCCGGUAUCUGUCGUACCUGUGGGUAAGGUACCUUCGGAGGGAUACCCUUUGGGCAGAGCUGGUGAAGCAGACGAGGCCUAUCUCGGCAGCGGAAAACUGGGGUGAGGUCAAGAAGAGAGAGGCCUACAGGGCCGAGUGGUUCGAGUACUGGAACAGGAAGCAGUUCGAUGUGCUUAUUUCACCGCCGAAUGCGCUGCCUGCCAUUCCGCACGAUGCCUCGAAGGAUACCUUCAGCAAUUGCGGAUAUUGCUUUCUUUUCAACUUGCUCGACUACACAGCCGGCGUCGUCCCCGUCACGCAUGUCGAUAGCGCCCUCGACAAGCUCCCAAGCACCUUCAAUCACAGGAAGCUGAACGGUGUCGCGGCCAGAGCUUACAAAUACUAUGACGCCGAACGCAUGCACGGUCUUCCCGUCGGUGUGCAGGUCAUUGGCCGCCGGUUGGAAGAAGAGAAGGUCCUGGCGGUAAUGAAGAGAGUUGAGGAUGCGCUUGGGGAAGACAAGUACAAGCUGUUUGACCCAAAGCUGUUGGACAACGUGGUGGAUUAGGAAGCCUGCAAAAGAAACAUGUUGAUCAGGCGAUCCGGCUUGACUGAACUGGACGAAGUGAUAGCUGAACUGCAAUCUAUGGAAGAUCGGUUGGCCGAGACCCGAAAGACUGUUGACGCAAAGAUGGACGAUAUGAUGUCCUACACUGAUCAGCUUGUGCACAAACGGAGUUAGCUAUGACAUAGUCAGCGCGUGUACAUAUACAUAUAAGAGCGUUGGAGGUGAUGGGGGGUUGGGGGGGGACUUUUAGGAUUGGACACAAGCAAGAGUUUCCAACUUGACCGACUAGCGUAAACUGUCAGAAAUUUCAACAGAUACGGACUUCCAUCCAACCUCAUGG